AUGGCUUGCAAAAUACGUUACAUACAACGAAGAUUUUACUUUAAUCAAAUCGAUAUAUGGCAUAUUAUCGAAGCUAUACGAGAGCAAUCGCUCAAUCAAGUGACACCGGAGGACCCCGUGGAUUUGUCGCGCAUUGGUGCCCUCCUAACAACGCUCUAUGCACAGCUUAACAAACGAGUACCAGCAGCAGAUAGGGUCGACACGACAAUCGUGUCAUCCUCUGUAUUGAGUUGGCUCAGAGCCACGUUCCCGUUGGCUCCGACGCUUUCGCCAGACGACCCAAUCGCACGAACGGGCGCUAUCUCAGCGCUGAACGUCAAAGUUUUCAUCGCCAUGCUUUCCUGUGGGAAAACCGUCGACGUAUAUCGCUACAUUUUCUCUCUGAUCGCGGACUCCAGUGGCUGGCUGCUGCCGUCGCGAUUGGUCUUGUUCCUGAAAGCCGCCUUGUGCAUUCCGGAAUCUCUCCUCGAAAGCCCUUCUUUCGCCUUCGUCGACUCACUACCCGCCCAACUUUUUCCGCCAGAACGGAAGUUCACGAUAAACAAUUUCCUGCAAGUGGUACUCAGCGACCCGGGUCCACAGUGCUUGCUGUGGUUCCCUCUCAUAGCGAAGAUCAGCGCGGUCGAAGACGUUAUGCACCCCGUAACCUGCGACGGCUGCAGGUCGCCUUAUAUUUACGGUUUCCGAUACAAAUGCCAACGCUGCUACAAUUAUCAUCUUUGCCAAGAUUGCUUCUGGAAGGGCAAGACGUCGAACCAGCAUUCCUUGCAACAUCAAUGCAAAGAAUACGCCUCUUACAAACCACCCUCGAAACAAUUGGGACAUUCUCUGCGCAAAUCAUUUCGAUGUGUUCCCGAUAAGAGGGACGCAAUUCCUCGGGUUGUGGAUCGUCCCGCCGCAACUCUGAACCUCGCACACAUAGUGCCACCGAUAGAAGGUGCUGCUACUUUGGGCAGGACUGGCACGCUCUACAGCCAAGGCCAUUCUUUAGUCCGCGGGGGAAGUCUCCCCCGAGGACUCUAUUCGAGCUACGAUUCAAUUGUCGAGCCCUCAUUCAUUUCUGACGAAUCGCCGGACGAAGAACAUUCGCUGAUCGCGCGAUAUUCGCGGCGGUUAGGCGAUGCGUCGUCUAACUCCUCUGGACCAAUGUACACUUCACUCGGGAACCUUCACAUGAGACCAAUGAGCAUUUCUCGACCCAGCCCCUCUGCAGGCUUCAAAGUGGGUUCGCCAGCGCUCGACUUGUGCUUCAGGAGAAGAUGCUUUGAGAGGCAAGAAUCCCCCAGUUCGUCAGGCACCAAAGGCCCCGCUCUUGUGGCUUGUCGCUUGAAAUCCACAUGUGUCAAGGAAGUCGUUGACGAGUUCCGUCAGGCGACUCGGAUGAUCGUUUACAACGAAGUGACUAUGCUCGCCAUGGAGAAUUGCAUACAAACUUUUGGACUCGCUCGUCGGAGUCGGGUAGACUCAGGCCGCGAAAUGAGUCAAUUACAUGUGAAUAUCCUCAAGCUCCUGCAGGAGAAGAAAAAUGUGAAGAUAUCGAUCACGAAAGCUAAGAAGCUCAGGGACGCGUUAAAGAAGCUCCAUGAGGAAACAACAGGUUGUGGACAAGAAAGCUCCACAUAUUUCGCGGUCUCUCUGCAGCAACAGCAGCAGGAGACAUCAUCUCUAACAAACGCGCCCGUCCCACAUUUCCUGGAGUCGGUGACUAAAUACAUCCUCGAGAAUCAUGCGACACAGGAAGGUCUCCUGCGUAAAAACGGAAAUGAACGGCGAGCGAGUCGCCUGAAAGAUCUCAUGGAAGAGAAUGGUGCGCAGAUACCCCAGGGCGAGUACUCCGUUCACGAUGUCACCUGCGUGCUGAAACGGUGGUUGAGAUGCCUCCCGGAGCCCGUGGUGCCUCGAUUGCUGCACGACGUUUUCGCUAAAUGCGUAGAGUUGGAGUCUUCCCAUCAUCAUCGAACUCAAGCUCUCUUACUCUCGUGUUUGCUUCUCCCAACAUUCCAUCUCAACACCUUGAAACACGUAGCGGUAUUCCUUCAGGAAAUUGCGAAGAACGAUAAUUGCAACAAAAUGACAAGCGCUAAUUUGGCGAAAGUGUUGGCACCGUCACUCAUGCCGAGGAUCGUCAAGGUCGAGACGGAUCCGGAAUUAGCCAAGAAAUUCAGUGAUCUCUCAACGGUGGCCAUUCAGGUACUCAUCGACAAUGCGUCACUGAUAGGGGUCCUACCCCCUGAGUAUGAGGCUUUACGUGAAUCGAAGAGCAAAGAAUUGCUUUCGGAAGAUGAUCUCAGCGACCACGAAACGGAACGACACUCGAGAAAGAAACUCUUCACCUUCUUGAAGUCGAAGGGCACAGCAGGCCAUCGCGCUUCGGUCCUCCGGACGCCACAGCUCCAAUCGAAGCGCAUGCAGAUCAGCAAACUCGUCCCCCAAUCGUGUCCUCCAAAGAUGUCGAAGGUAAAGUUUUCCUAUUUCUAUUCCCUUGCCCCCGCUUCACAGGCUAAGAAAAACACUCCGCCCCCGCAUAAACUCCACGAAAUCGUCAGGAACUCGAACAACAGUGCUGUUUUGCGAACGCUCCAGAAUCCGUUCAGUAGUCCUCCGUUACAGAACGAGGCCGAGGCUGAGCAGCCCACUCCCGAGACAACGACCCGAGUGACGCGUUCAAAUUCGCGGAAGAUUAACGAGGACGUUAGUAAACUCCUGAACAGGCGUGAAGCUGGAUCGGCAGUCGUGAGAGAAAGUCGUCGCCGACUGGAACGGAACAAUGCCUCUAUCCGAUCUCUACCUGCUCACAGCAGUCAAGUCAUGACACGACAGCAACGUCAGAGAACUUCCGUGCGGAGGGCCGCGACAGUCAGAGCUGCGAUGAAGUACAGCUACACGCAAACAGUGAACAAGAGAGAUGCGGGGGGUUCACCGUCGACUUCGGCUAAGACGUCGACGAAAGCUGCCCCUCGAGGGAGUCUUGCAGUCAGGUGCUCUCCCCGGAAACCUCCGAGACUCUCAAGACAGAACGACGCCGCAGGGAGAGGGCUCUCCACGCUUCCUCAGCUAACGAUACCAGCUUCUUCUCAGAGUGAAGAGAUUUUCAUUAAUCCGAAAGAAGAUGUCCGCGGAGCGGAGAAAGUCCAGCUUCCGAAUGUCACGCCCAUGGAGACCUCAGAGCCUUCGGAUGUCGACGUUGCCACGGAUAUCGUUGCGGCGAGCAUCGGGAAGUUGUCGAUGACUCAACAGCAAUCUCCGCGCCGUUUGAGCCGCACAAGCAGCGGAAGUCGGAAAUCGCGGUGCGACGAAGUUCAGAAAAUGCAGACUUCCACAACCGACUUGGAUGAGAUCGAUGGGCUGGCGUCCGGAGAUAAAUCAGAAGAUGACGAGGACGAUUUCAUUCUUCGGAUUGUCGACGAUGAACAGAGUGCAUCUCAAGCUAAUCUGGACUCCGCGCGGGGCUCAAAAGGAGACGCCGAGUGGAAACCAGCUGAUAAUUCGGGAACCUGCGUCGACUCAGAAGAUGAGGGUCAUAACUUCGUUAAUGCUGAGGUGUUCAUGCGGAGACUGAACGAGUUCAAACCGCCAGAGAGCAAUCGAAUGCCUUUCACACCGACCGCGCAGUCAUCGGACACUCCUAUCAGAUCCGGUGUCAGAAGUCCAACGUCCGCAAGAGAGUCUGUCAUCGCUAUCCGGACAAGUCGCGCGGGCUUCGUGCGUCGGAAUGUGCGAGAGAUCGAAAGUACUUUCGCCACGCCGGUGGGAUGUGCCGUGCGAACCCGACGUCAGAAUACGCCGGGUCCGUCGGGUGCUCUGCGUUUGAAUUUAGCGAACAACAACGAUUUGACUCCGAUCACCGAAAGAACUUCCUUGACUCGUAACACCGUCGCUCGCAGACCCUUGACUCCUGCCAAUGCCAAACGUACGGUCCGUGCGAAAAACCCCGGAGCAAAAGGAGAGCUCCGCGAGACGAUGACCCCUGCGACCGAGACCAUCGAUAUCUAG